AUGUCACCCUAUAGGGUAAUCUAUGGAAAAGCUUGUCAUCUCCCAGUUGAACUAGAGCAUAAGGCCUAUUGGGCAAUUAAAGCAUGUAAUUUGGAUUUUGAAGCUGUUGCAAUGGAAAGGAAAUUGCAACUGCAAGAGCUAGCAGAAAUUCGAAUGGAAGCAUAUAAGAGCUUUAGAAUCUACAAGGAGAAGACUAAAAUCAUUCAUGACAAGGAAAUUUUGAGGAAGCAAUUUCAUGUGGGUGAUAAGGUUUUGCUAUUCAAGGCUAAGUUCAAGUUUAAGCAUGGAAAAUUGAAAACCAAGUGGGAUAGGCCUAUCUAG